GUGGGGUGCUGCCCCGAGGCGGUAACCGGAGGGGAAGACCGUCAGGAAACGUAGAGGAGUCUCGAGUUCGCCGGAAUCUGCGUCACCUGUUAUCGUUCAUACGCAGUUGUCGCAUCUCCUGAAACGCCCAGCUUUCUCUUUCUCGCUAUGGGGACCGAGUGCUGCUCGCACCCGCCGAUGAAGAAGCAGCGGGCGGACAAGCCGUACAGGGGGAUCCGGAUGAGAAAGUGGGGGAAGUGGGUGGCGGAGAUCAGGGAGCCCAACAAGCGCUCCAGGAUCUGGCUCGGCUCCUACUCCACCCCUGUUGCAGCCGCCCGCGCCUACGACACCGCCGUCUUUUACCUCCGCGGCCCCUCCGCCCGCCUUAAUUUCCCGGACUUCGUCGCCGACGAGCUGCCCGACAUGUCCCCAGCCUCCAUCCGCAAGAAGGCCACGGAGGUCGGGGCGCGCGUUGAUGCUCUCGCCCAGCUCUCUGCCUCCUCCGCCCCCGCCUCCGCCGCCUUGACGUCUCAGCCUCCUGCUCUGGCACCCGCAUCCCGUCCGCGAACGUCGUCGUCGCCCAAGACGCCGAAUUUGAACGAGGAGCCGAUGGAUUCCGACGAGGGAGACUCGGACACGGAGGGAGGGGGGAACUUCUCCGGCUGAGGGGUCGGGGCACGAACGCGACCAAUGAGCGGAUUCGUUCUCUCUCUUCCUUCUCUUGCCCUUUGCUUCGCAGGAUAUGACAACUGUAUCCUCUGUAUACUGCUGUAUCGUGCCGUCCGAAUGACAAUUCUGCCCUUCAAAAUCAUGGGAAGCGAGAGGUUUGCGGUGUUGUGCUUUUCUUUCCUCUUCGGCGCCUUUCUUUCGUGGAAAAUGACCGUCUCGUCCCCAAGAGACCGAACGGGGCGCGUGUGGUUCUCUCGAAGUUUCGGAGGCCGUUUUGGGGAAAUCUCCCCAUUUCUGGGGAGUUGCAGACGGUGGGGGACGUCCUGGACAUUUAUCUUCAAUGCCAGGGACACAGUUGGCAACGGGGCCCUUUUUUUUUUGUUUCCUUUUCUUUUCUCCGUCUUUCCAUAUAUUUGAAAUUCUCGAGAUCCCUCGUCGAAAAAGUUUGCGUCGGAAUCUUUUUUUGA